UCAACUGAAUGUGAGAACCUUCAUGGAAUAACAACAGACAUUAGCAAACGACUGAGUGUGAUUGAGCAACCCAGUGCCAGCAAGGGGAAUGCAGCCACAAUCAUAGCCCUUGUCACAGGGAGGCUGCACCGGACCGUUGCCCGUCAUUGAGGAGAGAGCUGGCGGGGGGGAUUGAGGUGGCGAUGUCCCCUUAUGGAGCCGCGUUUUGGAAAACGAUCUACAACUGCAGUGCAGAACAACACUAGCAUGAAGAAACUGGUGAAGUGGAGAACAUGCAUGCAGUGACAACUGAGCUGGAUUGGGCAUGACCAUGAGUUAUUUGUUUAGAGAACCAGCUACUAUCAAUUACCCAUUUGAGAAAGGCCCUCUCUCUCCCCGCUUCCGUGGCGAGCAUGCGCUGCGCAGGUAUCCCAGCGGAGAGGAGCGCUGCAUUGCCUGCAAACUGUGUGAGGCUGUCUGUCCUGCUCAGGCCAUCACGAUAGAGGCAGAGACCCGUGCAGACGGCAGCCGAAGAACAACUCGCUAUGACAUUGACAUGACCAAAUGCAUCUACUGUGGAUUCUGUCAGGAAGCCUGUCCUGUGGACGCAAUCGUAGAGGGCCCUAAUUUUGAGUACGUGACUGAGACUCAUGAAGAACUGCUGUAUAAUAAAGAGAAGCUGCUGAAUAAUGGAGACCGAUGAGAGGCUGAGAUUGCUGCUAACAUUCAGGCGGAUUACCUGUACAGAUGAACAGAUAACAUCCUGCUGACAGAAACACGAACAGGAGAUGACAUCAGUUCAUUAGUGACCCGCAUCAUCUACUGAAACUAAAAAUUACACUUUGUAUAGAACCACUAUAAGUCUUCAUAUAGUUGCUGUCUAAACGCACAAAACAUGAUGAACAAUGAACGUUCAUCUAUCUGUUCAUUUUAAAGAAGUGCAUUCACACAUAAUAGGUUUUUCUCAGGGGUAGAUAUUACGCAGCAGUUGUUUGCGAAUGUUUACAGGAAAUUCACAUAUUUGCUUAUUCUCUGAUAAAGGGAUUUAAUGAUGUAAAUAAAAGAACAAACUAUAAAUGGUGUAUUUCUUUUGUUAUCUUAAUGCUAAUAA